UUCUUGUUCGGAUGAGCUGUGCCAUAUAUUCCAUAAAUUCCUACUUUCAAACCCACUGUUUAGCGGGAAAAAGAAAACCAUCUCUGCUCACAAUACGAGCCCACCGCCACCGUUCGCCGCCGAAAAUCACAUCUAUGGACGGCGGCGGCGCGAGGAGAAGGCACGCUGUUGCCUCGAAACCGAACAAGAGGCCUCGGCGGAGCUCCGAAGCAAGGCUCAAAAAGGAAGUUCCCGCCUGCGGGGGAGACAUAGAGGAUACCCUCGCUUUCACCGGAGAAGAAACCAUAAAAAUUAGGGCUUCUUUGUUGCACUGGUACGAUCGGAAUCGCAGGGACCUUCCUUGGAGAAGAACGAGUGAUACUAAGGUGAAUGGUGAUGAGGGUGAGAGAGAAAGGAGGGCUUAUGAGGUUUGGGUUUCGGAGGUAAUGCUGCAGCAAACUAGGGUUCAGACGGUGAUAGAUUACUUCAACCGGUGGAUGCAGAAAUGGCCGACCGUUCAACACCUCGCUCGAGCUUCUCUUGAGGAAGUGAAUGAGAUGUGGGCAGGUUUGGGAUAUUACAGACGGGCUCGAUUUCUCUUAGAGGGUGCAAAAAUGAUUGUUGAAGAUGGUUGCGGUUUUCCAAACACAGUUUCUAGUCUUCGUAAGGUUAAGGGAAUUGGUGAAUAUACAGCUGGUGCCAUUGCCUCCAUUGCCUUUAAUGAGGCAGUGCCAAUUGUUGAUGGAAAUGUAGCCAGGGUCAUUGCAAGGCUUAAAGCCAUAUCUGCAAAUCCUAAAGACACUGUGACCAUCAAGAACUUUUGGAAACUAGCAGGCCAACUCGUCGACCCUUGUAGGCCUGGGGAUUUAAACCAGGCUCUCAUGGAGCUCGGUGCCACAACAUGCUCCCCUGUGAACCCGAGUUGUGAUACAUGUCCUAUCUCUACUCAAUGUCGUGCUCUGUCACUCUCUGCCCAGGACGAGUCAGUUGUAGUUACAGAUUUCCCGACAAAAGUAGUCAAGGCCAAACAGAGGCAUGAUUAUUCUGCCGUGACUGUAGUGGAAAUACUAGAAAGCCAGGACAUGGAAGAACGCGAAUGUAACAGUAAGUUUCUCAUUGUAAAGAGACCAAACGAGGGUUUGCUCGCUGGGCUCUGGGAGUUUCCGUCUGUCUUGUUGGAUGGAGAAGCUGACUUGGCCUCGAGAAGAAAGGCUACAGACAAUCUUCUCAGAUCCUCAUUCAACUUAGACACUAAAAGGUCAUACAGUGUACAUUUAAGGGAACAUGUUGGAGAAUAUGUUCACAUCUUCACUCAUAUUCGUCUUAAGAUGUACAUAGAGCUGUUGGUCCUGUGUCCAAAAGGAACAAGAAAUGUGCCUGGUAGGAAAGAAGGUAAGGAGACUGCAAAGUGGAAAUAUGUUGACAAAAAGGAACUUUCUACAAUGGGAUUAACAUCUGGAGUUAGAAAAGUGUAUGACAUGAUUCAGAAGUACAAAGAAAGUAAAUUGGAUUCAAUCUCAGUGAAACAAAGAUUGAGAAAGUAGAUUGUGGUGCCACUUGCAGCAGACCAAUUGAGAAAAUAUUUUGGCUCAAGAAAAACCAUAACCUGGAUAAACGAUUAAACAAGGAAAACUGAUAGACACUAUUGGACGUGUACAUUGGAUAAACUUUGUUCUUGUGUAACAGCAGUUCGAUUGAGAAAGUAUUUGUCAAAAUCGAACUCGUGUUGAUCUUUUCUUCUUUUUUUUUUUUGGUAUGAAUUUGGAAGUAUUUAAAAUAGAAUGAAAAUUUUGUAA